GCGGUGUGACGCGAUUGGUCAGUGAGACAGAAGAUUCCUGAACGCUCUCACGCAUCAGCCGGCGUACCGCAUGCUGCUACCCAGCUUCAUGGAACAAGAACAAGGGUGUAUCACCGUCCGCUGACCGAAAUCCUCUGUAGCUGCUGCUGCUGUCACCUUUUGCACUGAAGUGUAUCUCCGCUCUUCCUCGUCUUUGCCGCCCUGUAAACUCCUCGGUUAGCCGGUCAAAAUGUCUGUAGUGGGAUUUGACGUCGGCUUCAUGAACUGCUAUGUAGCGGUAGCCAGAGCCGGAGGGAUUGAAACUGUCGCCAAUGAAUACAGCGAUCGAAGUACACCGUAAGUACAAUUAGACUCACGAUUAUGACUGAUUCACGUUGUGGGACCUGCACUGGUAGCUGGUAGUGGGUGUGAGUGGAUCCUCUUUGGUCAAAAUCAAAAUAUUGAGGGAAGCUAACCUCGCUACGUAUCUAGCUAGCAUGCUAGCAGAUUUCACAACAGGAAACGGCAUGUGAUUGCUAAAGCUAACGGUAGCUGAAGCUAAGCCAUUGUAAAAAAUAAAGAAAUAUUGUGGACACUUGACUAGAUGAGAGUCUUUCUUUUAAUGUAAAACACUGGUUAGAUCGUCGAAUCAAACAAAAAGACGAAAAGACAUGCCCGGUACAGAUUCGUCCAGCGAAGGCAUGAAUAAGCGCAUGAGAAGAGGAGGAGAAAGAGGAGGCCGGAUAGUGGCUGUCAAAACGGGCUCCAUCAAACCUUCGCAACUUAAUGUCAGAACAAUAUACCAGAACAACUCUGUCAAGAAACUACAACUCCCAGAUCAUACCAUUGUGGCAUUCUUAAAUCGAACAUAGUGAGAGUCUGUUUAGAGCUUUAGUGAAGUGUAUUUUCACCCACUAAAUCAAAGAAGAUUUAUAAAAAUCACACACAUAAUCUACCCAGAUAACCUGGUGGUUGCACCAUUCAAACAUGUAGGUACAAAUUAUAAUAAUGAACCAGUUUGUUGUUUGUCUUUUGUCAUAGCCUCCAUUUUGAUGCAUUUCAUAGGGAAACAAAGAAAAGGAUAUAACUGUUCAUAAAAAGGCAGAAACAGACAAUAAAAGAUGACUUAAUUUUAAUUUGCUAAUUCUGAAUGGUAAGUUUUGUAUUCACAAAUGUGAAAUGUGUACAAUAUAUACUUUAAAUACAACAAUUCCAAAAAGCAGUACCACCAAUGUUUCCCUAAACCAGAUGAUGAUGGAAAAGCAGAUGAAACACAUAAAUUGAGUUUAUGAUACCCCUGUGUACGCAUGCAAAGAUGACAAAGUUGUACAUAAUUUAAUGUGUCUUUGUUCCUUUGUAUGGACACACCUUUCCAGUGGAUGUUUUCUGAAGCAUCAUCUGUAGAUAAAAGUGAUAGAAGAGCAUAAAAUGCACAUGUGCAUCAAAUAUUGCCCUGCCAGACCACUGCCCUCAGAACAAAUGAUUUAUUAUGGGUUUGAUCCAAAGUAUAAAGCUGCCUUAUAAUUGUAUUUCUUUUUUUAUUUUUAGAGCAUGUGUAUCCUUUGGACCCAGGAAUCGAUCUAUUGGUGCUGCUGCUAAAAGUCAGGUAUGUUGUCAUAGGGAUUGGUGUUUGUUGACUUCACACAAGAGAGACUUAUCUGUCAGAUGUGCAGCAUGAUCAAGAACAGAUACACUAUCAUCAAAUUCAAAAAGGAGCUCUCAACACAAGUCUGCACAUGUCUUUGAUAGACGUCUUGCUUUUUUCCUGCAGGUUGUCACAAACUGCAAGAACACAGUCCAAGGUUUCAAAAGGUUUCAUGGCAGGGCCUUUUCAGAUCCUUUUGUCCAGCGCCUCAAAAACAGUUUGGUCUACGACAUUGCACAAAUGCCGACGGGAACAACUGGCAUCAAGGUAAGAGAACAGUAAGGAACUAUGGUUGUUAUAUUUGUAAAAAUGAUCAGUCGUCUGCAGACUUUGGUGGUUAUAGCCCAAACCCUCUUGAUAAACUUGGCUUCUUACCUAUCCUUUUCGUAUGUAUAUGUUUUGUCAUUCAUACGAAAUAAACAAUCAAUCAAUCAAUCAAAACUUAUUCAUUUCUGUUUUAAAUUCUGACAUUUAUUCUAACAUUCAGGGAGUCAUAGAGUUGCCCUCUAUAAACACAGAGCCCAUCGUCUACUCUAAAGACACAGAUUUGACUUUGUCACUGUCAGCUGUAUAAACAACCAGAAAAAGAUGAAUAACAGCAUGGACCUUCCCACUAAAAACAUGUACUUGCCUUGUGAAGAAAGGCAAGUGACUCAUCACCAGGGUGGAGGUAGUGAAGGAACACUUGUCACACCUGAGGACUCACAAAGAUAGUAUACCCCAAUUUAAGUGUCACCCAUCACCUACAUAUCUUAAGAAUACAUGAAAUGUCUCAGUAAUAUAUUUUUGGGUUUUAUUUUUCAGCGAGUCUCAUGGUCUAAACAGGACUUCUUCUUUUGGACAAAGCUUUAUUACCAGCAGGCAUUAAAAGUCUGUAGAUGAAUUACUCUUUAUUGCACUAAUGAUACAGCACGUGUGCUUCUUGAAGCUGUGAAAUGUCUGUCAUCUCAAGAUGAAUUGAGCUGACUUGAAUGUAGCCUUGGUGAUACAAUGAAAGUAUAAUGGACACUGUCAAGAGAGAAAUCAGGUUGCUGAGUCAAACUGUGCAUGUUUGGCAAUGUGAUCACUGUCUGAUUGUCAGUCAUUUGCGCUGCAGUGUACAAAUGGAAAGCCAUCUGGGUAGAGAUUCAUGUACAGCAUUGUAACGAUCCUGUCUGUUACUCCAGGUAAUGUACAUGGAGGAGGAGAAGGUAUUCAGCAUUGAACAGGUCACUGCCAUGCUGCUGACCAAGCUCAAGGAGACAGCUGAGAAUGCACUAAAGAAGCCUGUUGCUGACUGUGUCGUGUCUGUAAGUUUAACACAUGACUGUGCUCACGCAUGAGAAGUUUAUGGCUCAAUGCCAAAUCAGGCAAGUUUAUCAAAAGCUCAUUCUCAUAAAUAUGGUUCUAAUGCUGCCUGUUGCACAUAGGUUCCCUGCUACUACACCGAUGCUGAGAGGAGAUCAGUGGUAGACGCAGCUCAGAUAGCUGGACUUAACUGCCUGAGGCUCAUGAAUGAAACAACUGCAGGUCUGUACGCAUAUUUUGUGGGAAGGACUCGGGCAGUUUUUUGCAUGUUUUUGACACCUCAUCUAAAGUUUGACAUUUUCCCUCACAGUUGCUUUGGCAUACGGAAUCUACAAACAAGAUCUCCCUGGUCCUGAGGAGAAAGCCAGGAAUGUGGUCUUUGUGGACCUGGGCCACUCUGGAUACCAAACAUCAGUUUGUGCUUUUAAUAAAGGCAAACUCAAGGUGUGUAGCCAAAUCGGCAUGUUGUCACAUUCCUCAUCACUCUCUUAGAAGCUUUGUACCAGCCCUUGAAUCUUCUCCUCAUCUCUCAGGUACUGUCCACGGCGUGUGACCCAGAGUUAGGAGGGAAAGACUUAGAUGAGAUGCUGGUGAAGCAUUUCUGCGAGGAAUUUGGCAAGAAGUACAAGCUGGAUGUCAAGACAAAGCCCCGUGCUCUGGUCAGGCUCUACCAGGAGUGUGAAAAACUGAAGAAGCUGAUGAGCGCCAACUCUUCUGACCUGCCACUCAACAUCGAGUGCUUCAUGAAUGACAUUGAUGUGUCUGCAAAACUGAACAGGUAGACCUGUCAAGAAGCCCUAUCUUCCAUAGAGAAGCCAUGAUUCAUUUCCCCUGCUUCUUAUUUUAAGUUUCUUUUUUAAAGCUAAAGUCAUGUUCACCUUUUGUCUUGCACAAGGGGGCAGUUUGAAGAGAUGUGUGCAGAUAUUCUGGCACGUGUUGAGGCUCCUCUGCAGAGUCUGCUGGAACAAACCAGUGAGUAGAGCCCACUUUGUUUGACUGUGUUUCAUAUUCUUCGAAAGAUCUCAAGUGUGCGUUUUUUCUAGCUCUGUCUGUAACAAAAGUGUUUUUGUUCCAACAGAGCUGAAAAAGGAGGACGUCUAUGCAGUAGAGAUAGUAGGUGGAGCUUCCAGGAUCCCUGCCAUCAAAGAGAGAAUCAGCAAAUUCUUCGGGAAGGAGUUGAGCACUACGCUGAAUGCUGACGAAGCAGUGGCCAGAGGAUGUGCCCUGCAGGUCUGUCACAGUGUAUAAUUAAAACAUUUUCAAGCUAGAAUCCAACCUGCACGACGGAGCUCCAGUGGAUAACAGUAGACAGUAACAGUGGCUAUUUUAAUUCAUUUGAAACUAGGAGAAUGACGUCUCAUUGGAACCAUGUUUGUGUUUCCACAGUGUGCGAUCCUCUCACCUGCCUUCAAAGUGCGUGAAUUCUCCAUCACAGAUGUUGCUCCCUAUCCGAUCUCCUUGAAGUGGCAUUCUGCUGCAGAGGAGGGUUUGAGGUAAAAGACCAAUUUUUAAUAUUGUGAUUCAGAUGUCAGAUGUCAAGUCAAUGUCUGCUGCUGCUUUUGGUGCUGCUUAACAAUUCUGAUUUAUCUCUUUAUUCCAGCGAUUGUGAGGUUUUUCCCAAGAAUCAUGCAGCACCCUUCUCCAAAGUGCUGACCUUCUACCGGAGAGAGCCUUUCUCUUUGGAGGCCUACUACAACAGCCCAAAUGAGCUGCCCUAUCCUGAUCCAACCAUUGGUAAGACAAUCAAAAGAUGUUCCUUUAGUAAGUCCUUAUUAGGCCAAAGGGAAUAAAUAAGAACAAAAGAAGAAGAAUCAUGUAAUAAAUGAUAGAAAAUUGAGAUACGUGCUGCAUAUUGUCUGACCGAUUAAAAAAAAUAGUUCCACAUGUCGUCUCUGGAAUUCACUGCAAAUCCACCUUUCACUAGCAACAUGAUAAUCCCACUUAAAAAAGAAAUGACUGAUGCCGAAAUGACACAUACCAAAGAUUUGAUCCAGAUCAAAACUAAAACUGGACACAUGCUCUUAACUGUGUCAUGAAUUCCCUUUUUCUUUUGGACAGCUCAUUUUCAGAAAUACGUUCCAAUCCGAUAGCUGUAAUCAGAUUAUUAUUCUUUUGAAGGAACUGGGCCCAGAGGAAAGAGUCAGAAAUGCAGCAAACAUAAAAGUAUGACUGGCAUCUGGUCAUGCUGCUCUCCACUAAUGACUUUCCUUUCAGCACAUGUAUGGUCCACAAGGAAUAUCUGGGUUGAUAACCAAUGAAACACUGACCGCACAUGGUGACUCUCUUGGCACCAGGAGAGUCCAUGAAGCUGUUUCCCCAGCUGAAUGUCUGAUUAUAACUUAUAACUUCUGCCCCUUGUACAGGCCAGUACAUGAUCCAAAAGGUUGUCCCUCAGGCAUCUGGGGAGAGCUCUAAGGUGAAAGUGAAGGUGCGGGUGAACAUACACGGUAUCUUCAGUGUGUCCAGCGCCUCUCUGGUUGAAGUGCAGAAGUCAGAUGAGACAGAGGAACCCAUGGAAACAGAGCAGACCAGCGACAAAGACGGAGAGGUAAAAAAAAAAAUCAGAUCUUUUUCAUCUUAAUUUUAUCAUGGGAUCAUUGAGUGUAUUUCUUUUAUUUUCUAAUGUUCUGAGGAAAAAACACAUACCUGUUUUUUUUAUGACUCCUUAGAGCAAGAUGCAGACUGAUCAGGAAGAGCAGCAAGGUCAGGCAGAUGCUCAGAAAGAAACAGAGGAGAAGACGCCACGAGAGAAUGAAGAGAUGGAGGUAAGAUGUGUGACGCAAAAAUGAAUUUAUUCAUUUGUCACGUUAGCUUUCAGACCCAACUUUCAUUUUUCAAUGCUCUUACCUCUCAGACUACCACAGAGGAAGGUAAAGGAGAGAAGAAGUCUGACCAGCCUCCACAAGCCAAAAAGCCCAAAGUGAAAACAAAGGUGCUGGAGCUUCCUAUCGAAAACAGUCCACAGUGGCAGCUAGCAGAUGACAUGUUGAACCUUUUUGUAGAAAAUGAGGUAAGGAACUUUCAGCCAAUGACACAAUAGCACAUCUAUUAAUCCACUCAUCUGUCAUUUUUUAUUAGUUGAUCUAUUUUAAAGUGUUGAGCCGUUACAGUUGCUGUUUGGCUUCUCCCCAGGGUAAGAUGAUCAUGCAGGACAAGCUGGAAAAAGAGAGAAAUGACGCCAAGAAUAAUGUGGAGGAGUAUGUGUACGACAUGAGAGACAAACUACACGGAAUGCUGGAAAAGUUUGUCAGUGAAUCUGUGAGUAAACACCCAUCAGCACCUAGUGGACACUGUACAUCAGAAUAGGCGUCUCUUCUUGGUUAACUGUUUCUUUUUCUGUAUUUGUAGGACAGAGACGCUUUGUCAUUAAAACUGGAGGACACUGAAAACUGGCUUUAUGAAGAUGGAGAGGACCAACCCAAACAGGUGUACAUUGACAAACUGGCAGAGUUAAAGGUAACUGUUAGCAGAGUAAUAACUUUUUUUUCAUUGAUGACAUGAUGUUUUUAUUACCUCAGCCCAUAUUUAUUCUGUGUUUACUCUAGAAACUUGGCCAACCCAUCCAGGAGAGGUACACAGAGGCUGAAGAGAGACCUAAAGCAUUUGAGGAAAUGGGAAAACAAAUCCAGCAGUACAUGAAAUUUGUUGAGGCUUACAAAAUGAAGGUAACAGUGAAGGCUUUCAGUUAUUUUAAAUGUCCCACUGUUUACUUAAUAGAGACAUGUUUACCUGGUAUUCUUUAAAAUAUUUUGCUAUAAUCAUAGGUAAUUCUAUGAAAAUACUGGGGGCAUCGUUAUAAAUACAAGUAUUAACAGCUACAGGAAUGAAUAACACUUACUGUAUUAAUCUUUGAAAUAACAGGAGGAGCAGUAUGACCAUCUAGAGGAGGCAGAUGUCACCAAAGUGGACAAAAUGACCAAUGAGGUGAUGAUGUGGAUGAACAGCGCCAUGAACCAGCAGAGCAAACAGAGCUUGACGUUGGAUCCUGUCGUCAAAGUAAAAGACAUCCAAGCGAAAACAAGGGUGAGUUUCUCGUCCCACUAAAGAAACUAAAGACAUGGAAAAGAGACUAAAACACUGAAUACCUAAAUCGAAGUUUACCAUUGGUGUAGACUUUGCCUUGGAUUGGUGGAUCGUCCCAACUCAACAAAAAUUAAUAUUGGUAUAGUGGCACUACGGCUGAAUGCUGAGUCAUUUCCAGAUAACUACCUACUGUAGUGUUACAGUUUUUCUUCACAUUCUGUCGUUUAUCUCUACAACUUCAUCAAGCCUCACAUUAAACUCUUACAUCCAGGCACUAAAAUUAAUUUCAUUACACCUAAUUUAUAAGUAUAAUGGACAUUAUUGUGUGUGAAACCGGCAUUAUGUUAGGGAAAAGUUACAGCACAUUGAAAUAGACACUAAAUUAUACUGACUCUGUACAACUUGCGAAAUAAUCACAAUAUUUUGGCCAAAUGUCAUACAAAUAAAAUUUAAUGUUACAUUCAAUACCAUUCUACCAUCUUUCACCUGUAAAACUAUAAUGUGUUAAAUUUUGAAUGCAAAGACUACAUUCAAACUUACAUAUUGACUUGGUGAGCAGUUUUCUUUGCUCCUGCUUCUUUCUUUUGCAGUUGCAAAAUAUGUUCAAAUUUGCAUCAUUUAUUAAUAAAAUAGCUUCCUUUACUCAUUUUACUCUAUUUUGGAGUUCUAAAAAAGUCUCUAAUACAGCAACAUCCACUUAAAUAAAAUAAUUAAAUGAUGUGUCUUGAAUGUAUUUUUCCUAGGAGCUGUUCUCCACUUGCAACCCUAUUGUGACCAAACCCAAGCCCAAGGUUGAGCUCCCUAAGGAGGACACACCUGCAGAGCAGAAUGGGCCGGUCAACGGACAGGAGAAAGCCCAGGAAGAAAAUGCAGAGAAGGGAACAAAUGAGAACACGGGCAACCCCAGUUCAGAAACCACAGAAAACAAACCUGAAAUGGACCUUGAUUAAAGCAGCCUUGUAACACCUCCCUAAGCACAGCUAAACGGGAGCUGGUUGCUUGAGAAUGAGGUGCAACCUGGGUGUAUAUCAGAGCAGGUAAAGUGUUUCAGGAACUGCACUCCACAGUCAAAAGCAGGCAGGGUGAUUAGCACACUGAGCCCAGCUCCUGAUCUCUCUGAUGACAUAGCAUGCCCUCUCUCUUUCUGGAUGACAUAAAUCAAAAGCCAGCCGCAAUAAGCCUGUUUGACAAUGAGCGCUGUACACAUGAUGGUAUUUAUUUCUGUUGUGUGCUCUGUACGUGUUCUGGUCUGUGUCACAAUAUGGUUUUAAUAAAGUUAUGAAAAAUCUUC